AUAAUAUCUGGAAUGAGGGUAACAGCCUCGUGAUGCGGAUUGGGUCUACCUGCAGGAAGAAAUCGUUGAUCGCCCACGAGAUUAAAUCUCAUAUCCAGUGCUAUCCCACAGUGCAGUUUGAGUUCCGACCUAUCAGAAGUGUAUCUUCACAAACUUUUAACAAAUUUAGUGCCACUCCUCUAGCUUAAAUUAGCGAAUGUAAAUUUCGCAGCCCCUCAUCGAAACAAGAAAGUGUUAUGACAAUGGUCAUAAACCUCUGUUUCUUUUACAGGUUCCUAAGUUACUGACUUAGGUUAGGGAUAGAAAGUAUGUACCUGAAGUGUAGAUAGGUGGAAAUAGGGUAGCCUCUUAAACCCUAAACCCUCUUGCUUGUCUACUGUGGUUUGUGUGUUUACUUCAACGUAGAGGAACUAUGACAAAACCCUAACGCUUAAGUUUGCGUAGUUGUGGAUUUUGGGUGUUCGUUCCUUGGUAGUGUGGCACCUGUGAUUGCCAGUAUCUCAUUCGCAAGCGGUAGUCGCAACGAUGGCUGCGUCGAAGUUACCUCCGCCGGAGAUAGACAGCGACGAAGAGGAUAAUGGAGACUGGGAAGAAUGGCAAGCAGCGGGGCAAGAAGAAGAGGGUGACGAAGACGAAGCUAUGAAAUGUCUUUUCUGUAACGCGGAGCUGCCAACCUCCAGGGAUGUCUUCCAGCACUGUUCGGAAGUGCACUUCUUUGAUUUUCUCAAGCUUCGGGCCGACGCUGGUCUUGAUUUUUACGAUACUCUUCGUCUCAUCAACUUCAUACGCUCCAAGGUGGCUGAAACUGAAGCAUGGAGUGCUGAAUCUAGCCUGGAGUUGCAGCAGUCUAUUCGGGAGGACGCGGGUGUGUCGAUGGUCACGAAGUCAAAAGGACCAAAUCCUAGCGGCACGCCUGCGUGGAAAGACGAUAAAUUUCUCACGCCGUUCUUGAAGAACGACUCUCUACUGUACUCUUUUGACGACGAGGGAGACGACGACGAUGUAGAAGAGUUUAAUGCUGCGGAUAAAACCUCAGCAUUGCGAGAUCUUUUGGAAGGCAACUCCCACAGCGAAUCUUCCAACUCGACAGAGAUGAAGGCUCCCGCGGGGACAGGGAAUGUAGGGACAAGUGAACUUGCCGAUCUAACAAAGUUCUUUCAGUCUCUGGGCGAAGACAUCCGUGAAGAACUUGUCAGCCCAGUGGAUGUCUCUUCAACCUCUGAUGUCCCGUCUUAUUCUUCUUCAGGCGCACCACUACAAGAUGAUGGGCCUCCUGAUGCCAUAGCUGUGGAUGACCAAAAAGAGAUCGAAUUAGAGUCAAAGCUCCCCAACAAAAAGAACAAGAAGGAUCUCAAGGUUACGUUUGCUGAGGUAGCUAAAAGAGAGGCACGAAAUGUGAAUAAGGACUAUUUUGGUUCUUACAGCGCCUUUGGCAUUCAUCGAGAGAUGCUUUCUGAUAAGGUUCGAACGGAUGCUUAUCGAGAUGCCAUUGUUGCGAAUCCGACUUUGCUGAAGAACGCAGUGGUCAUGGAUGUUGGUUGUGGUACAGGCAUUCUCAGUUUGUUUGCUGCACAGGCCGGAGCUUCAAAGGUUAUUGCGAUAGAUGGAAGUUCAAAAAUGGCCUCUGUGGCUACACAGAUAGCCAAGGCAAAUGGUUACUUGAAAGAUGCUACGAAUCCAGAGAGUAAUUCUAAAGGUGUAAUAACCGUAGUAUCAGGCAUGAUUGAGGAACUUGAUGAAACUAUGCCUGUUGAAGCUGGCGGGGUUGAUGUCCUAGUCAGCGAAUGGAUGGGAUAUUGUUUACUUUUCGAAUCAAUGUUGCCGUCUGUGCUUCAUGCUCGUGACCGCUGGUUGAAACGUGGUGGUGCUAUUCUUCCAGACUCUGCGCAAAUGUAUUUGGCUGGAUUUGGUAAAGGAGGAACAAGUCUGGCCUUCUGGGAAAAUGUGUAUGGCUUCGAUAUGAAGUGUGUUGGAGAGGAAGUGGUUCGUGAUGCUACUCAGGCUCCAAUCAUAGACGUUAUCGAUAGCAAGGAUGUGAUAACUACGUCUUCGCUCAUUCAGUCCUUCGACCUUGCCACAAUGGUAGCAGAUGACACAGACUUCACUGCACAAUUCAAGCUGGAGCUGCUGCCACCUCGGGAUCAUAGUAGCGAAGAGCUCAGCAAUGUGACGUGGUGCCAUGGGCUUGUUGUGUGGUUUGACACGCCCUUUUCAGAGCGAUUUUGCAAAGAUAAACCAGUCAUGUUGACCACUUCACCCUAUUCUCCUAGAACUCAUUGGUCCCAGACCAUUCUUACAUUUAAAGUGCCCAUUGCAUUGUCACGAAAACAUGAUAGCUCCGAGAAAGUCGACAAAGGGAAAGUGGGUGCUGAAGACUUCCCAGCAGCUGCAAUAGCUGGACGCAUUAGUAUUGCUCGAAGCCACAGGCAUCGUAGUAUAGAUAUUUCCUUGGAAACUAGUGCCGUUUCUUCGAGUAAUGUUGUUAGGACCUGGCCCGUCCAAAUGUUUGACAUUUAGACACUAUGGGUGCUAUGUUUCCGUUAUCUAUGCUUUUCUUUUCUUUUCUUUUUUUCUUUUUUUUCUUUUUUUUUCUUUUAUUUCUAUGUCGGCGUUAUUAUUUCGUGGUCUUAACGUCUGGACUGAGUUGGUGGUUUCUCGACAUUUUGUGAAAGUAAUAAUUUUUUUCCAUGAUCAA